AAAACACUGUUUUUCUACCAAGACGUGGCACGAAGUACGAUCUCUCUUCCACGUCCGCCAUAUUGACGUACGAACAGUUUGGGGAGGAUUGGUGAAUGUGAUAGCGUUUUUAUACGAAUUUAGUGUUUUAAUAAGAGAAGUUGCAUUAGACAACCACCAUCAUGGGGAACAUGUUUGCAAAUUUAUUUAAAGGCCUUUUUGGCAAAAAGGAAAUGAGGAUAUUGAUGGUGGGAUUAGAUGCUGCUGGUAAAACCACAAUUUUAUACAAACUUAAAUUAGGAGAAAUUGUUACAACUAUUCCUACUAUUGGAUUUAAUGUUGAAACUGUAGAAUACAAGAAUAUAAGCUUUACAGUAUGGGAUGUUGGUGGUCAAGACAAAAUCAGACCUUUAUGGAGACACUACUUCCAAAACACACAGGGCCUAAUAUUUGUAGUCGACAGCAAUGAUAGAGAACGAAUUGGCGAGGCGAAAGAUGAACUAAUGCGAAUGCUGGCGGAGGACGAACUGAGAGAUGCCGUACUACUUAUCUUCGCUAACAAACAAGAUCUACCGAACGCAAUGAACGCCGCAGAAAUUACAGACAAGUUGGGACUACACUCACUUCGAAACCGAAAUUGGUAUAUACAAGCUACGUGCGCGACUAGCGGGGAUGGUUUAUAUGAGGGUUUGGAUUGGCUCUCCAAUCAACUAAAGAACGCCAAUCGUUAAGUGAAGUGUUGUGUUUAUUGAUGAUCGCCAAUUUGGUGGAUUACAAAGAACUGAAUGAACUACAAGUGUUACUUAACCGUAUGUUGCAAAUAUGAUAUUUUUCACCAUUUGUCUAAUGUACGGAGGCAUUUUUAAUACUAUUAGAACACCUUACGUUUUACUUCUCAAUCGAAAGUCAAUCACGUACGUUGGACAAACUGUGUUUGUAGAUAAUACAUAACCUUCAUUUGUAUUUAUUUCGUAAGUUAAAUGAUAUCCUUAUAAUAGCUAAUUAUUUAUUUUACAAAUAUGUACAGGGACGAACAGAAAAUUUGUUAUUUUUGUAACAUAUGGUAAGUACAAUGCUCUUCUUAGACCUUUUUAUGAGCUUCGCUCGAAAUUUUAUUGUUUAUUUUUCGGUUGAAUAGAAUAUAAAAAACUGUAUUUUGUUAUUAAGACUUCUUUUUUAUAUUAUUAGCCGUCAGGCUAAAGUUUUUCACACAGUAUGUGUCUCAAUAGGAAUUUAAAAUAAAAAGAGAAUAAAGUUGAUUAUACUCUUUUGUGGAUAUUUGGAACAUUCCCGUUUGUCAUUCUGUAUUACGAAAUAAACAUGUUCUUAACUUUGUGAAUUUUUAAUUGAGUACAAUAGACACAUUCUAUUUUCAUAUUUUUGUAAAGCCGGAAAAUAGAAUUUGUCUCGGAAAUGUGAACCCACUUUAAAAUAAUUUAAAUAAAUGAUGAAGUGGUAUUGUAAGAUGGUUAAAAUAUAUUGCAGUUCACUGCUAAACAUAGUUAGUUAAAUAUAAUUAUUUUAUUUUAAGAACACUUGCGAUUAUGUAUGAAUGUCAAAAACAUGUGAAAAUAUAUUGUAUUGUGCUUGA